UGCGUGCACCGCCCUGCGGAGACGUGCAGGCCCUCGCGAGGCCAGAGGCUGAGGUGGCAGCGACUCUGCCGACAUGGAGCUGCUGCAGAUGCCGGAGUUGAUGGGGCUGUCGCUGUUGCUCGGGCUGCUGGCCCUGAUAGCGACGGCGGCGGUAGCGCGGGGGUGGCUGCGCGCGGAGCAGGAGACGUGCGGCCGGUCGGCAGGCCAAAGAGCAAAUGGACUUCCACCUGACAAGUCCUUGAGAUCCAAGAAGCAGAAACAACAUCAGCGGAUUCACAAGGAAAAGCCUCAGCAACACAACUUCACCCACCGCCUCCUGGCUGCAACACUGAAGAGCCACAGUGGGAACAUAUCUUGCAUGGACUUUAGCAGCAAUGGCAAGUACCUGGCCACCUGUGCAGAUGACCGUACUGUCCGCAUCUGGAGCACCAAGGACUUCCUGCAGCGGGAGCACCGCAGCAUGAGAGCAAAUGUGGAGCUGGACCAUGCCAUCCUGGUGCGCUUCAGCCCUGACUGCAGAGCAUUCAUCGUCUGGCUGGCUAACGGAGAUACCCUCCGUGUCUUCAAGAUGACCAAGCGAGAGGAUGGGGGCUAUACUUUCACAGCCACCCCAGAGGACUUUCCUAAAAAGCACAAGGCAGCCAUCGUCAACAUUGGCAUUGCUGACACAGGGAAGUUCAUCAUGACUGCUUCCAGUGACACAGCUAUCAUCAUCUGGAAUCUGAAAGGUCAGGCGCUGUCUACCAUCAACACCAACCAGAUGCACAAUACAUUUGCUGCUAUAUCCCCUUGUAGCAGGUUUGUGGCCUCGUGUGGCUUCACCCCAGAUGUAAAAGUUUGGGAAGUCUGCUUUGGGAAAAAGGGGGACUUCCAGGAGGUUGUGCGAGCCUUUGAACUGAAGGGCCACUCUGCAGCCGUCCACUUCUUCGCUUUCUCCAAUGACUCCCGGAGGAUGGCCUCUGUCUCCAAGGAUGGUACGUGGAAACUGUGGGACACAGAUGUGGAAUACAAGAAGCAGCAGGAUCCCUACUUGCUGAGGACAGGCCGUUUUGAAGAAGCAAGCACCAUGCCGUGCCGCCUGGCACUCUCGCCUGACGCCCAGGUUUUGGCUUUGGCCAGUGGCAGCAGCAUUCAUCUCUAUAACAGCCGGCGGGGUGAGAAGGAGGAGUGCUUCGAGCAGGUCCAUGGGGAGUGUAUCAGUGACUUGUCCUUUGACGUCACUGGCCGGCUUCUGGCCUCCUGUGGAGACCGCGCAGUGCGGCUCUUCCACAACACCCCUGGCUACCGGGCAGUGGUGGAAGAAAUGCAGGGCCUCCUCAAGCGGGCCUCCAAUGAGAGCACCCGCCAGAGGCUACAGCAGCAGCUGACGCAGGCCCAGGAGGCCCUGAAGAGCCUGGGUGCCUUGAGGAAAUGACUCAUGGGAGGGCACAGCAGGAAGGAUCUGGCCUUCUGCCUUCGCUGCCGUGGCUCUUCCCAAGUACUCCCCAGCUGGAAGCCUUUUGAAAGGGGUGUGCUGAUUUUCUUAAUCGUGACUCCUCUCUCCUUUUUCCCAUUGAAACUAUUCUUGCCUACUUAGAUCUCUCUCUCUCUUCUUGCUGGUGUGACUCCUGACCUUACUUGACCUCCCAGGCCAACGACCAGGGUGCUUCUCUUUUUCCUGGGCCCAAGGGGUGGAAUCUGUCUCCACCAGGCACUGAGGAGAGUGGUAAUUAGAAGAGAAAGAGAGAACAUGGUCUUUGACCUUGUGGCAACACACCCUGCUAUCCAAAGAAGUGUGUAAUUGUGGGACUUCCCUGACGGUCCAGUGGUUAAGACUCUGUGCUCCCAAUGCAGGGGGCCUGGGUUUGAUCCCUGGUCGGGGAACUAAGGAAAAAAAAAACGACAAAGAAGCUUGUAACUGUGGAGGCAAAA